GCAGCCAGGUCCCGCCCCCUAUAUGUACAGAAAGAAUAAGUAACAGUUACACAUUCCCUCGCCCACCCCUCCUAAAAACAGGGGCCCCUGAGAUGUUAGUAGCCAAGGGCAAGUUCUGUCCACGCCCACUUUCAGAAGCUCAAGUCUGUCACACGGACACGCGCUCAUGAUUGUGUUUCGCCGCCGCUAUUAGAGGCACUCGGUAACUGACCCUACAGUUUCCAUAUAUCCCCCCAUUCCGCGCCCGUGGUACAUCCCAGCAGACUCCCUGUCAGUCACACAGGCGGUAACAUCCCCCUCAGUCUCAUCCUAUCACAGUUGCAGUUCCUCCCUCCGCCCGUCAGAGGUCGCUGUCCGCCAGCCGCUGCCUCUCUCUGGUCCGGUCCCUCCCAGCAGCAGCAGCCGUGCGCGCUCAGUGACAGGAGGGAGAGUUGAAGGGUCGGAGGUUGAGCGCUGGAAGCCGGCGGAGCUCAUUUCCCUUCCCACUGACGCUACUCACACCGGGGGGACAGGUGGACACAAAGCCCGGCAGUGUCACAGGAGAGAGCUGCUCGCCCGGAGCUGAGGCAUCUUCCCGAGCCCAGAACCACUGAUGUUCCGUGUGAGCAGAGGGACGGCCAUGGAGUAGCCUCGUAGAGCCAUUGCGUGAUGGGGUUCAGGUGACAGUUGCUGAGGAUGCCCCUGACUGACAAGCUGCGGGAGAGGAUAUCACGGGCCUUCUAUAGCCAUGGGCUGCUCUGUGCCUCCUACCCUAUCCCCAUCAUCAUCCUCACUGCUCUCUGCAUUAUGGCCUCCUGUUACCCCCUGCUAAAGCUUCCGCUGCCUGGGACUGGCCCAGUUGAGUACAUCACCCCUGUGAAAGAUUAUUCGCCUCCACCUUUAGAGCUGAGCCCAGAAGAUCACAGCGACCGACCUGAUUGGUACGUGGGGCUGCCCGUGGCCUACAUACAGCAGGUGUUGGUUAAAGCCGUCGUGUCUCCGUGGGACAAGGACUUCCUGGCCGUGGAUGUGUUCCGGUCUCCGCUGUCUCGUGUAUUUCCAUUGGUGGAAGAGAUCAGGAAUCAUGUGCUGAGAGAGAAAUCCCAGGCAAAGAGUCUAGAAGAUGUGUGUCUCCAGGUGACAGACCUGCUGCCUGGCCUGAAGAAGCUCCGUGACAAGUUACCUGAACAUGGCUGCCUACUGCUUUCUCCUGCCAACUUCUGGCAGAACAGCCAAGAACACUUCAGCAGUGACCCAGACCUUAUCAGAACCAUCCACCAGCAUGAGCCCAAGACCUUACAGACCUCUGCUACUCUCAAAGACUUGCUCUUUGGAGUCCCAGGAAAGCAUAGUGGAGUCAGUUUGUACAACCGCAAGAGGAUUGUGUCCUACACCAUCACUAUCGCCCUUCGCAGAUACGAUGCCACCUUCCUGGAGAGCUUAAGGUCCCGACUGAAGCAGCAACACCCCAGCACCAACUCCAGCGCACAGAGUCAGCACAUUGUACAUGUACAUUUUAAGGAGGAAAUUGGGAUAGCUGAGCUUAUUCCUCUUGUCACCACCUACAUCAUCCUGUUUGCUUACAUUUACUUCUCCACGAGGAAGAUCGACCUGGUGAAAUCUAAAUGGGGUCUGGCGCUGGCUGCAGUAGUAACAGUCCUGAGCUCCCUGCUGAUGUCAGUCGGGUUGUGCACUCUCUUUGGACUGACACCAACUCUCAACGGCGGGGAGAUUUUCCCUUACCUGGUGGUAGUCAUUGGCUUAGAAAAUGUUUUGGUUCUGACUAAAUCGGUUGUAUCCACUCCUGUUGACCUGGAGGUGAAGCUCAGAAUAGCUCAAGGGCUCAGUAAUGAGAGCUGGUUCAUAAUGAAGAACAUGGCUACUGAGCUGGGCAUCAUUCUUAUCGGUUACUUCACCCUAGUACCUGCUAUACAGGAGUUCUGUCUGUUUGCAGUAGUUGGGCUGGUAUCGGACUUCUUCUUACAAAUGUUUUUCUUCACCACUGUGCUGUCCAUUGAUAUCCGCAGAAUGGAGUUGGCUGAUCUGAACAAACGAAUGCCAGCAGAAGCCUGCAUGCCUCCCCCUAAGCCAGGGGUUAAAAGAUAUGAACGCCAGCCAACCCUGCGUCCUGCCACCCCUCAUACCAUCACCCCUCAUACCAUCACCCUCCAGCCUUCUUCCUUGCGAAAUCUGCGCCUCCCCAAGAGACUGCGCCUGGUGUAUUUCUUUGCCAGAACCCGACUUGCACAAAGAAUCAUCAUGGCUGGGACAGUGGUCUGGAUUGGGAUCCUUGUAUACACUGACCCCGCUGGGCUGCGAAAUUACUUAACAGUUCAGGUGACAGAGCAGAGCCCCCUGGGAGGAGCAGUCAUGCCUCCUAUUCCUGUACCAGUGCUGCCGGCAUCCAACCCACAGGGCCCCCUCUCAGCUGUCUUCCCUACAGGCUCCUCCCAGCUGCUGGAAAACCAAUCACAAAGAGACCAUAAGGAGGUGAUUGAUUCUCUCAGAGGAGGCUCCAGGGUUUGGGAUGAGAGUCACCCUGAAGACAAGAGCAGAGAGAGAGAUGCGAGUAGAGAGGUCAAAGCUCACACACAGGUCACCUGGGGGCCUGAAGAUGAGGAGACUUGGAGGAAGCUGUCAUUCAGACAUUGGCCGACCCUCUUCAGUUACUACAAUAUCACUCUGGCCAAAAAGUACAUCAGCAUCCUGCCCAUGAUUCCCGUCACCCUGUACCUGACACCACAGGAGGUGUCUGAAGCAAGGCACCCACAGGAAGCUCAGCACUCGCACCCUUAUCUGCAACGGGAAGGGAAGCCAGAAGAAGCCUGGGCUCGAAUAGAAGCCAAAGGAGCUGAACAGCCAACCAAAAAUCAGAUGCCGGCAGAUGUCACCUUGUACAAGGUCGCUGCCUUAGGUUUGGCCUCUGGAAUUUUCCUGGUGUUGUUUUUCUUCCUUCUUUACCGACUCCUGUGCCCGAAGAAUUACGGACAGAAUGGAGUGUCCCACGGCCGCAGGAAAAAGGGGGAUCUGCCUUGUGACGACUACGGUUAUUCUCCCCCUGAGACAGAGAUUGUGCCCCUUGUGCUGAGAGGGCACCAUAUGGACAUUGAGUGUCUGGCCAGUGAUAAGAUGCUGCUGGUGAGUUGCUGCUUGGCUGGACAGAUCCGCGUGUGGGACGCUCAGAGUGGAGACUGCCUAACAAUCAUUCCCAAACCAAGUUUGCGCAGGGAGAGCAGUGGGGUGUUCGAGUAUCAGGAUAAUUGGGAGCCGACCCCUGAGUGCAAGUACAAUCCUGAGGAUUCUCUGGAAAAUUGUUACCACCUAAAGAUGAGAACACUGCACCCUCCUCUCUUCUCUGACCAGCCAGAUUUAACCAGUCUGAUUGAUACUAACUUCUCUGAGCAACCUGUGAACGAGGAGUCCGGGACCAGGCAUCGGCUGAGCUGCAUCAAACAGGAAUCCCCUACCAUAGGUUAUGACUUUAGCAGCCUGGUACAGAAAGUGUAUGAGGAGCAUGAAGCCUCCAGUUUUGGCAGCUUCCCUCUUGUCUUCUCCCCGGCUCCUUACGGACAUUGCCAGCUCUCUUCAGGGAGGCGGAGCCGAUCGCCUGGGGGCUGCGUGGAUGGCAGUUGUGCCAGAAGGAAAAGCUCUGUGGAAGAGACUACUGGUUAUUGUAAUGGGACCUCUUCGCCGACCCCAAGUUGGACUGAUUCUUUUGAGAGCUCAGUUUGGAGCCUAGGCCUGCAGGGAAACUUGAUAGUAGUUGGGAGGAGUAAUGGUAACUUAGAAGUUUGGGACGCCAUUGAAGGAAGUCUCCGCUGCAGUAACUGCGAUGGGCAGAGCGGCAUCACUGCUCUAGUGUUCCUCAAUCACAGGGUUGUGGUAGCGAGGCUCAAUGGCUCCCUGGAUUUUUAUUGUCUAGAUUCCCAAAAAUCCUCCAGCCAGCUACAAUUUAGAGGUGCCCCAAACAGAAGCAAUGUCCCCAGCUCCCCACUGUACAGUAGUGAUGACGUCAUUGGCUGCCAGCGGACCCAUACAGUGGCCUGUGCCCAUCAGAAGCCAAUCACUGCCCUGAAAGCAGCAGCAGGCCGGCUAGUGACGGGGAGUCAGGACCACACAGUGAGAAUAUAUCGCCUGGAGGAUGCCUGCUGCCUCUUCACUCUGCAGGGACACUCAGGCGGCAUCACAGCCAUUUAUAUCGAUGAGACAAUGGUUCUGGCCAGCGGGGGCCAGGAUGGAGCAAUCUGUCUGUGGGAUGUGUUAACAGGAAGCAGGGUCAGUCACAUGUUCGGGCACCGCGGUGAUGUCACGUCUUUGCUUUGCACUGCUUCCUGUGUAAUCAGCAGUGGGCUGGAUGAUGUCAUCAGCAUAUGGGACAGAAGCACAGCGAUUAAACUCUACUCCAUCCAGCAGGAUUUGGGCUGUGGUUCCAGCUUGGGGCUCAUCUCAGACAACCUCCUCGUUACAGGAGGACUGGGUUGUGUGUCUUUCUGGGACGUUGGUUAUGGGGACCUAUUGCAGACGGUUUAUCUGGGGAAGUGCGACGAGGUGCAGCCGGCGCGUCAGAUUCUAGUGUUGGACAAUUCGGCUAUAGUGUGUGACUUUGGCAGUGAGCUGAGCCUGGUGUACGUCCCCUCUGUGCUGGAGAAGCUCGACUGAGACGGGUGGACUGGGACCUACAGCUCACGCUUAGGUUUAACCCUUGCAGUUACUGUGACGCAGGCUGUUUGUUGCAUAUAAUAUAUUCCAAUGGAAUUCUACAGUAUACCUGGUACACUACCAACCUGUCUCCUUUAUUUCAGCUCUGAUUUGGAUCCUGUUUUAUGUUUCCUCCAAAGCAGCCGCAGGUUGGUAGUGUACCUCCGGAAAUACAAGACCAAAAGAUUCGUAAUGAAUCAGUAGCACUUCAUUGUCAUCCAUGGGUUUCCAAGCCCUAGAGGGAAUGCAUUCUGUUAUUAGGGUUGUCCAGUCUCCGGCCAGUUGAAUGUGAUUGAACAGCUGUUGGGGGGAUGCUGGGAGUUGUAGUUUAGCCGUUAGGUGGGACGACCCUAUGCUUUAUUUAUAUCAUUAUAGGGGUGGCCAAGAGGGAGGAGCUGUACAGGCAGAAGGAGGGGCUGUACAGGCAGAGGGAGGGGCUGUACAGGCAGAGGGAGGGGCUGUACAGGCAGAGGGAGGGGCUGUACAGGCAGUGGGAGGGGCUGCACAGGCAGAGGGAGGGGCUGCACAGGCAGUUUAGGGUAACUUGUCAUGUUACAGCACAGGCAGUGGGGUCCUUCCUUGCAGGUGGGGUGUAGGGUGUUUGACUCAAAUCAAAUUCCUGUUGGGGAAUAAAACUGCUGCAGUGUUUCCAUUCCACUCCCUGAUAUUCACAGCUGCCUUAUACAGGUAUGGGACCUGUUAUCCACAAUGCUCGGGACCUGGGGUUUUCCGUAUAACAGAUCUUUCAGUAAUUUGGAUCUUCAUACCUUAAGUCUACUAGAAAAUCACGUAAACAUUAAAUA